CGCCGCCGCAGUGACAGCUACGCCCGGGCCGCGCCUGCAGCCGGAGCGGCAGCGGCGGGGGCGCCAUGGCCGACGACUUCGGCUUCUUCUCGUCGUCCGAGGGCGCCGCUGCCGAGGAGGACCCGGCCGCCGCCUUCCUGGCGCAGCAGGAGAGCGAGAUCGCGGGCAUCGAGAACGACGAGGGCUUCGGGCCCACCGAGGGCGAGGCGGCGCCCGCCGCGGCCCCGGCCGAUGCGGCUGCCUUUCAGAAUGGAGGAGCUACUGUCAAUGGAGAUGUCUUUCAGGAGUCCAACGGUCCCACGGAUGCUUACGCAGCCAUAGCCAAGGCUGACCGGCUGACCCAGGAGCCCGAGAGCAUCCGCAAGUGGAGGGAGGAACAGAAGAAGCGGCUGGAGGAGCUGGACGCGGCAUCGAAGGUGACCGAGCAGGAAUGGCGCGAGAAGGCCAAGAAGGACCUGGAGGAGUGGAACCUGCGUCAGAACGAGCAGAUGGAGAAGAACCGCGCGAACAACAGGAUCGCUGACAAAGCCUUUUACCAGCAGCCGGACGCCGAUGUGAUUGGCUAUGUGGCCUCGGAGGAAGCAUUCCUGAAGGAGUCCAAGGAGGAAUCCCCGGGCUCUGAGUGGGAGAAGGUGGCCCAGCUCUGUGAUUUCAACCCCAAGAGCAGCAAGCAAAGCAAGGAUGUGUCGCGGAUGCGCUCAGUGCUCAUCUCCCUCAAGCAGACGCCCCUGUCCCGCUAGCUGCCGCUGGCACAGCCAGGAGCACGGCCAGGCUCGCUGGGACCGGUGGCUUCACGGGGCCAGCCCAUGAAGGGGUCCUUGCCCUGCUGGCCCCUCUGCUCCCUGGUGUGCACCUCGGCUGUGCUCGAGGCUCCGGUUGUAACUCUCCCCAUGGUUUUCCUUUGCUUAAAAGGUGCAUUGGUCUCUUUUUACACUUAUUUAUUACUGUGGCAUUUCCCUGGGAAGCAACACUAAGUGACAGAGCUGAGUUAGUGAGGGCCCCCAGCUUGCACUGUGAGGGGGUCAUGCCCAGGGCUGGGCUCAGUGAGCUGCUGGGGUUCCUUGUGUCCCCUGGUGCCCAGACUGGGAUUGAUCUUGCCUGCUCCUUGCCCCAGUGCUGGGCUGCCCCAGGCGGGACAGUCCUGUGCCUGGGCUUGGAUCCUGCUCCUCAAGCGGAGCUGGCCGUGGGGCUGGGAGGGAGGAACUCUCUGCUCUGCAGCUCCCACUGGGAGCAGGAGAGCAGCGGGAUGCUACUGGGGCACUGAGGAAGGCAAAGGUGGGUGCCCAGGCAGGGCCAAGAGUGCCCUGCUUGGGGAGCAGGGCUCUGCCCGGCCUGGCUGCACAGCCGGCUCUGGAGCCCCCGGCCUGCAGACCGCGGGGAAGGAGCCACUGGGGUGAGUGUUGAGGGCAUUUUUGGUCCUUUUCCAAGGCUGCUGCCAUCGGGAAGAUGCUUUGGGGGCUUUUGGGGCUGCUCUGCUCCUUCCUCUGCUGUCAGGAGGGGAGCUGGAGACUGUGCAGCUGUGGGGCGGCAGCUAGGAAGGACCAGGGGCUGUGGGAAAGCUCAGGCCUCCAACCUUCUAACCCAGGAGGGCAGAGCAAGAUUGGGCAGUUUAGACACUGGGGGUGGUUUUACUCCCAGAGAACAACCCUGCACAUCUUUUUGCAGCUGGACAGCUGCUCUAUAGCUCCUGCCCGGCUCAGCCCCCCUGGAUUUACCCUCUUUGGGCAGCAAGGAGAGAUGCUCCAGCCCCGCUUCCCCGCAGGCAGAGCCUGCAGCCCAAGCCCUGCUCCCAUCCCCUGCCUGCUGCUGUCCCCUGCGGCCGUGAGGCCCAGCCUUGGAACAUGCAGCUUUAUGCACAAGAGGGCAGGGCAGACGAGCUGGCGCCCUCCAGCCUGGGCUCCCUGCCUGCUGUGUGGGGGGCUUGGAAAGGGCUCCCCGAGUGGGGAGAAAGCAGCGACCCAGAGCAAAAUCUGUAGGGAGCUUGUGCGAGCCUUGCUGCAGAGCCCUGCCCAAGCUGCAAAGCGAGUGCAUGCUACUGCUGCUGCUGUUGCUGCUGCAGCUGCCCCAGAGCUGUGGGGCACAGCCCGCGGGGCUCCUUGCUGCUGCUGGAGCUGCCUGGCAGCUCUGGAGGCUGUCUCAGUGGCUGGCAGGGGGCUGUGCAGGAAGCCACCCAAUGUUCCGUGCUGGGAUUGUGCCCCCUUGUCCUUAAGGCUGAUUCCUCGUUUGCCACUCUCUUUGCUCUGGCAUGUCUAGACAGCUCUGCUGUGGC